UAAAUAGUGACUACUCAAAAGCAUUCAUCUACUUAGUGGUGCUCUUUGUACUUUUGAACAGGCGGGGCAAUUUAUCUUGGAGUGGGUUGUCCUAACUUGAAAGGAAUGAAGCGGGACGGGUCACAUAUAAACAGUCAAGUACAGUCCUCGUUUACUUGCAGAGCAUACAGAAACUGUACGUGUACUUUAGCUUCUGACCAUGGCUUUAUUACAUAUCAUGUAAAUCAUGAAGAAUAAGACUAAGGAAGAUUGAUGAAUUAGUUUUAUUUCUGACUGGCAUGUGAUCAUCAAUGCUCCACUGAACUGCUUCGUUAUUUAAAUCAUGUACCUGAACUCCAAGCAACAAUGCUUUGGCUCCUUUUGUGUGUUGUGGAUGUUCUUGUGGCCUCAUUUGAGGUGACUGUCCCUAAUAAACAUCUGCUGGCAAUCCGAGAUCGUCCAGCUGUACUGGGCUGUGAGUUCACACCUGAUCCUGACAUCUCCAACUUGGUUGUUACCUGGCAACGACAGGAAGAUGCACGGGUUGUCCACAGUUUCUAUUAUCAACAGAAUCAAUUGGACCGACAGAGUCCAGAAUACCAAACUCGGACCUCAUUGUAUGUUUCAGAGCUUCAUAAAGGAAAUGCCUCUCUAAGGAUUGCAGCAGUUAGACCCAAGGAUGCAGGCUUGUACAUGUGCAUAGUGAGCAAUACAAAGGGAACAGGAAGAGCCUUGAUGGAAGUGAGCUAUGAAGCCUCAUUUGAGGUGACUGUCCCUAAUAAACAUCUGCUGGCAAUCCGAGAUCGUCCAGCUGUACUGGGCUGUGAGUUCACACCUGAUCCUGACAUCUCCAACUUGGUUGUUACCUGGCAACGACAGGAAGAUGCACGGGUUGUCCACAGUUUCUAUUAUCAACAGGAUCAAUUGGACCGACAGAGUCCAGAAUACCACACUCGUACCUCAUUGUAUGUUUCAGAGCUUCAUAAAGGAAAUGCUUCUAUAAGAAUUGCAGCAGUUAGACCGAAAGAUGCAGGUUGGUACCUGUGCAUAGUGAGCAAUACAAAGGGAACAGGAAGAGCCUUGAUGCAAGUGACCUAUGGAGCUCCUUACUCUGAGCCCAGGAUAAGCAUCCAUGUAAACUCCUCUGCUUUGAAAGUGCAGUUUGAGACAGAAGGUUUUCCCAAACCUGAAGUGAUCUGGCUGGGGGAACAUGACCAGAACCUCAACUAUCACCUGGAGAUCCACGGCCAGACAGAAGAUGGUCUUUAUUUCAUAAAGAGCAUCUGUGAGGCCCAGAAGCCAGUGAUUAAUAUCACAUUUACACUAAAGAACCACCUCCUCAACCAGAACCUGCAGAGACCAGUGGUUCUCAGCUAUGAUGAGGACACCACAGACCAUAUGAUCAUAGUACUUGCUGUCCUCUCAGUGGUUUGCAUUCUUUUGGUGAUUGGCAUCAUAUGGUUAGCAGUGCAGAAGCAGAACAAGCAGAGAUCUUCCCUGUGAUGAACCAUGAGAAUUAAUGAAUGAUGAUGUAGCUGUUUCCAAAAGGUCUGCAUGCAUGCAUGUUUGGACUAGUGCUAAAAAUUACUGGCUUUCAUUAAGAGCACGUUCAUUAAACUGUUCUUGCAUAAACUGAAAAUAAUUGCAAAAUGCACAAAUUUUACGCAAGAAUGGAUUUCUAAAUAAUUUAGACAGAUGUCACAAAUUUCAGAGACCGUAAGUGGGAGUCAUAUGGGUGUGUGCAAAAAGUAAUUUCUCAGUCUUUUUGCAGUUUAUUUAUAUACUGACCGUUGUGCCGUUUUAAAACAUUUUUAUAAUAUUUUUUAAUAAUAUUUUAUAUGGAAUUUGUUUUAAAUAUAACAAUUCCCCUAUUCUUUUUAUCCUCACACUUUUAAUUGUCAGUGAAAUAUUUCAUAUUUUAAAUACUGCAAAACAUAAUCCUGUACUUUACAAGGUAAAAUUACUUCUUGUACAUACUUGAUAUAAGUAAUACACUGAACAUCUGCAUAUAUUUAAGUUUGUAAUGGAUAUCUUAAGAAGCAAUAUAACUAUGGAGACAAUCAGGUGAAUGCAUGAAUGAAUUAUGCACAUAUAUAGCGCUUUAUUGUGUAUUGCUGUACACCCAAAGUGCUUUACAAUCAUUACAUAUUAAGUACAUUUAGUCAUUCUGCAGACGCUUUUAUCCAAAGCGACUUAGAAAUUAGGACAAUGGAAGCGAUCAACAAAAGAGCAAUGAUAUGCAAGUGCAAUAACAAGUCCCAGUUAGUUUAAUCCAGUACAAGUAGCCAGGUUUUUUUUUUUUUAUUAUAUAAUAAAAAGAAAACAGAUAGAUUAGAAAAAGAAUAGAGCUAGCUAGUGUUAGAGGCCUUUUUUUGCUUUUGUUAAUUGUAUAAUAAAUAAAAAGAAAACAAAUAGAUAGAAUGCAAAAAGAUUAGAGAAGCUAGUGCUGACUUCAGUGAAUCAGGCCAUUACACAAAAAUUGUGAAGCCAUCAACAGCAAACUAUUACGUACUGCAAAUAUGUUAAACCCACUGUCACAGCAGCCAAAGAAGGCAAAUUAUUAUGAAUAAAAGUUAAGAGCCCAACUAAUGGAAACACCAAUCACCAUUAUGGUGACUUCAAAUUAAACAAACAUUAGAUUUAAACCCCUGUUAAUUCUCAACAAGAACUUCUAUAGACCUCUAACAGAAAUAAAGUCAGUCUGGUUAGUAAUAAGUGAAGCUGGUGAUGGUGUUUGUGGAUUUGUUUAAUCCUCCUCUGCUGAGAUCUUGAGAGAUUUAAUGUCUUUUAUCUUCAGUUGAUUUCAGUGGCUGCAGUCAGGUGUUGUUGUGUUUCUGUUUGUCUCUUUUUUUUCUGUUCUCUUCUUUCCUUCAGUGAUUUUGCUUGUCAACAAGCUUAGACAAGCUGAGAGGACUCUAUAAAUAGUAUAUGAAGAUUUUAUGGCUCAGAAUAGGUCCAGUGUGGUUCAUUUCUUUCCUGUUGGCUGACACGUGGCAUUGCUAUGGCUUGCUUUCAGCCCAGAUGUGGCAAACAGGAGCAGUCCCCCCAAGUGCUAUCAUUCCAUGCUACAUAUGGGCCAGAUCAUCAUUCUAUAGCUGCCAGAUGUGGGCCAACAAUAUGUUGCUAUCUGGGUACUGGGGCAUUAGAACCCAUGGGUGAGCACCCCACUGCUGGCCUCACUAACACCUCUUCCAGCAGCAACCUAGUUUUCCCAGGAGUUCUUCCAUCCAGAUACUGACUAGGCUGAACCCUGCUUAGUUUCAGUGGGCAACCAGUCCUGUGCUGCAGGGUGAUAUGGCUGUGAUGAACUUUAGGCAUGCAUACAUUACAAAUCCAGAUCAAAUAUAAUUACACACAUUCUAAGCAUUGCACUCUGUCUGUAAACCUUUUCAAAAAUAGGUAACAUCCUAAUUCUCUGUUCUCUUGUUUCGCAACAAAUAUAGGGAGGGGACUGCCAUGUUGACAGCUUUGAUGAAUUGAACAAUUUCAGCCUAUCAUUAAAGUGAACCAUGGACCAUAAAUAAUGUGUCUACUUAAGGGUUUACAAGGACAGCAUAUACAUGCAUAAUGUAUGUGUGUUUGUAUUUAAAAGUAAAAAGAAUGUGGUCUUUAUGUUUCUCUUCCAGGCAGCUCAGUGAAAACAGUAUUUAUAGGGAAAACAGACUCACACAGGAAUAGAAUUUCAUGAGGGCAUCAGAUUAUCAUCACAUUUAUAUGCUGGUAGUUCACUUUAAAAAACUGAAAUUCUGUCAUCAGUUAUGCAUCUUCAUGUCAUUCCAAACCUGCAUGACGUACCUUCUUCUCUGAAACACAAAACAUCAUAUUUAGAGUUUUCAACUGUUUUGUCCACACAAUGAAAGUUAAUGACAUUCAAAACAACACUGGACACCCCUGACUUUCACUGUAUAGGCAAUAAUACAGUGAUUGCAGUACUUCCAUCUCAUGUUUCCAUCUUCAUCUGAAAAUGAAAAAGAUAUUUGUUAAAUGUUAGCUGUACAUCAAAGCCUGUAUCAGUCCUACAUCAUAACCAUAAAUAUUGUUAAACUGGGUUUGAUUUAACACUAUAUUAAGGUCGAGCUUGAAGCAUGUCUUGAGAUCUACUGAUAAACUUUGAAGACCCUGCAGAGACAUGUAUGAUAUUCAAUAACACCAUAAAAAGGCUCCAGUGAGCUUGGGUAUUGAAAAGGUGCUGUCACCCUUGAGCAUAAGAGAAAUUAAAGUUUCUUUCAUUUCAUGAAACUCCUGAAUAUCCAGUUCAGUGGAAACUCUGUUCACACAGUGGUAGUGAUACAUUUCACAAAUAUGAAUUGUUUAUUCAGUACAUUCUAACAAAAAAGGCUGUAAAAACUAAGUGACCUAGGAAGAAAUGUGUUGUAUGAUUUUGUUUUUACUAAAUAUAAUCUUUGCAGUCAAAUCAGUGACACAUUGUAACUUGAAUGAUGUUGGUUACACAACAAAUCUGUACAAACAAGGUUUUUGAAUCCAGCUAGAUGCAUGACUUGCAUCAGACAUCAUUCUGAGUAACCUGAUACUGGUGGCUAUUUUUUACCCACACACUACAUUUAGAACAAAUCACAACCCAGCAUCCUUCUGUUAGCUUAUGCAUUAAUACAACGUACUGUAGUAAUAAUUUCACAUAAUUGUUUAUUAAUAAAAUAAAGCUUGUGUUAAAUGAC